UUAAAAAUGGCGUCGGUUCACUAAUCCUCGAUUAGAAAUUGGUCUGAUAAGAUUUUAGAGUGCUGCUUGUCUUCUCUUUACACUUGUGCAAAUCAACAACACAAGCUGCCUUCAACUACUUAGAGUACAACCGUGCAUUAAAUCAUGACCACAAUAGAUAUGAGUAUACUGAAAGAGGUGCCGGGCUACCGGGUCAUCUUGAAGGCGGUGCUGAAAUCCCAGAUUCAGCAAUUGAUUGAGCAGCUUGCAGCAGCCACGAAAGAAGAGUCAAUCAUCCUGACAGCCAGUGUGGCGGAUGGCACCCUGAGUCACCUUGGCUCUGACUCGGCUGUAGGUUUCUUGGAAGACCAUGAGGACGUCAAAUCACAGUUCCUGGGGUACUGCCUCAAAAGUCACCAUAAAAAGAAACAAGAAGAAGAGAAACGGGUAAUGGAAGAGGCGAUUAGUCGAGCAAAUGCUGAAGCAGAGCACCAAUAUAAUGUUCAGAAUGUUCGGAGCUUUCAAAGCCCCACGGGUAGGGGCAGAGGCAAGACAGGGAUCAGGAGGCAUCAGCCAUACCCUGUAUCGAGACCUAUUCUUGUGAGUGCAACACCCGCAAAGUUAGCGGAAAGAGUUGUAAAAUUGGAACAUGAUCAUGGAAAUAUUAAUCAAAGUGCGGGUUAUCCCACGAUGUCAGAGACUGGUGCUGAUGAUUCAGAAUCAUCAUCGUCGACAGUUGUCAAUGAACAAGGACAAGAGGGACUUAGCCUCGGGGCUGAUUUGUCUGGCCUUGUGGCUCCGAUAGUAGCUCCUGAUGGAACAGUACAUUCAGGGCAUGGCAAUCAAACUGUGAAACUAGAAACAUUGACUGAGUCCCAAAUGGACGAGCUUGAGAUUACGGGUGUUACGCCCGGGCGACAAAUUCCUUCAGCUCAGGAUUGGGAUUCUAACGUUGGAGCUAACAUUUCUUUAGAAUAUGACCCCUCGGCGUCCGGUGCUACUGGUUCUCAAGCAGACUUGGAAGCACAGCAGGCAUUCAACACAAAUUCCAUGCCAGAAGAAUGGUGCAGUGUGUGUGGAAAGGUCUUCACCAGCAAACAAAGCCUAAAAGUCCACCAAAGAAUCCAUACAGGAGAGAAGCCAUACUCCUGCCAUAUUUGUGGCAAAAUGUUUAAUGUGAAAAGCAAUAUGAAAAGACACAUGGUUGUUCAUUACAUGUAACUUGAACUAUAGCUAUCAUACUCUUGCCAUAUUUGUGGCAAGACGUAGCCAUACUCUUGCCAUAUUUGUGGCAAAAUGUUUAAUGUGAAAAGCAAUAUGAAAAGACACAUGGUUAUUCAUUACAUGUAACUUGAACUAUAGCUAUCAUACUCUUGCCAUAUUUGUGGCAAGACGUAGCUAUACUCUUGCCAUAUUUGUGGCAAAAUGUUUAAUGUGAAAAAACAAUAUGAAAAGACACAUGGUUAUUCAUUACAUGUAACUUGAACUAUAGCUUUACUCUUGCCAUAUUUGUGGCAAAAUGUUUAAUGUGAAAAGCAAUUUGAAAAGACACAUGGUUAUUCAUUAAAUGUAAAUUGAACCAUAGCUUUACUCUUGCCUUAUUUUUGCAAAACAUUUAAUGUGAAAAGCAAUUUGAAAGACACAUGGUUAUUCAUUAAAUGUAACUUGAACUAUAGCUGCGUUGAUGCGACCAAGGAGUAUUUUUUGAAAAAAUGGCUGUCCAUUUUAUUUUACAUAACUUGUGUAUGAUGUUGUGUUUUAUGGAAAAAAAUGACCGGUGAUACUUUUUAAGCACACUUUACAAACCACCAUGGCUUCCAACCAUCCAAUGUACUUAACUUAUCAAGUCAGAUAACUAUCUUUCAUGUAAAUUAAUUAAUACGGCCCUUGACUUAUCGACGUUGAAAUUAUGGUUAAAAGCAGUGAAAUAGUUGAGUGGCUGUUUUUGUAACAGCUCUUGUUGGACUUAAGUGGUACUUCAAAAGCACAAAAUACAAUAAGGAAAGACAAACGGAUGUUCAUUAGGUGUAAAAAAAAUUGUUUCCAUUAUCUCGACCGAUCUUAUUUUUUCCUUCCAGCCCUAAACUUAGCCAUAGUGUAGAUUUUUAUCAAAGUUUAAAAAAUAAUUAAUUAUGCCUACCCACCUACCUUAUUUUGAUGGAGAUGUCAGUGGAAAAGAAGUUUUUGUUUUGGCCUUACAUUUUUGCUUUUGUUAGUCUGCAUGUAUUUAAUGUGGACUGGUUGGUUUUAUUAUAUGUAAAUUGUAUUAUGCUUUGAAUAGAUGAAUCUUAAGUAUUUGAAUAAUUGUUUUGGGCAAACCAAUUUGAAGUUUUGGUAAUUUCUUUUUCGCCCCUUCCAGUUAUUUUUUGAGAAAUAGUCUGGUGAACAUGACAUUAAUUUUGUAUGGCUUUUUGUAUUAUUUUUAAAGACUGUUUAGUUAUUGUAAAAUACUUGUGCAACCUAAAACUCCGCAUAAUUGUCUUGCCUUUGUGAGGGAUAAUGAAGAACUAUCAGUAGCCAAAUUGAAUCGGAUUGCUUUAAGUUCUUGUGUGAUUUAUUUUGGCUGAAAUUUCCAAUUCCACUGAGUAGUCAGUUAAAGCUUCACAUUAUCUAAAGUAAUUCAUAUUUGAGAAAUCAUAAUUUGUCUAUGAUACGGGAUUCUUAAGUUAAGGAUUAUUACGGACAUUAGGAUUGAAAACUUCUUACUUCAGACCAUUGAAAAGCUGUACAGGUUGUGUUUAGCUCAGAUACUUUGCAUCAAAACUGAAGAAAAUGUCUUGAUAUGAAUAUGAAUGACUUUGUAAACAAUUUCAAAACGGGUCUCGGGCCCCUUUACCCUGCUUUUAGCAUUAAUCUCUUAUUCUCAAACAGACCUCUCUGACCUUAUUUCUAGAUUAACAAUUAUCAGCUGUUAGUACCUCUGAUGGUAGUUUUCAAAAUUAGAACCUUGAAUCAACAAGCCCUACAACUGAUCUGGCUGUAGUAACUGAAGUUAGCCCUAUAUUAUGUGCUUUAUAGAACUGAACAUUUGAUCAAGCCAGGUUGUCAUUUUAUCGUUGUUGGUUUUUGGACUUUUGCUUUUUUGACCACUCAAAUGGAAAACACUGCUUAUAAUUAUGCUGCAAAUACUAAACAUAAGAAACAUUAUCAAAACAUAAGGAUUUGGCAAAAACAAGUAUUAAAGCUAAUUUGAUAUGGUAAUUAUUUGUUGUAUAUAUCAGUAUUAUAAUUGUAAGUAUUGUAUU